AUGGAUCAACAGUUGACACAAAGGAUGGCAUCACUCGUCACCACAGAUGACGGCGAAGACGAAGACAUUCAACAGCCUAAGAUUUACGCGAAGGACUCAAUGGACAGAUUCGGUGACGACAUGUUUGGACUCAUAUUAUCCUAUCUCUCACUCGAAGACCGAUUUCGAUGCGAAUGUGUGUCUAAACAGAUCCAGAGGACAGUCUUCGACAGUGUUGUGGACAUCGAUCUCAACGAUCAACUCAUUAGAAAAAUCAACAAAACAAAGACAACAGUAACGCAAACGUUGGAAACAAUUGUCAAAAAGUGUGCAAACAUUGAGACCAUUGACUGUCGAGGAAUGAUAUAUAUAUAUCUGUUGUUUGGUUUGCAGAUAUUUCACGACAAUUGCCAGUAUUUGCGGAACAUUUACUGCAAUAUGCCUUCAAAUCGUUAUCAAUUGGUCCCAAAGUUAAGACCUCUGGUCACCAGAAUUAGUGGAGUUUCGGCCAAACAAUCGUUCAUUAAUUACCACCGAUUGUCUCAUUUGUCGGUCACUUUUAUAGAUAACGUAUUCGACAAGAAUUUCGGACUAAUGGCGAAGAAUUUGUUGGGUUUUGAGUUCACAUUCAAACUGCGAGACUUUGACAGACAAUUGUUGUCGGCAUGCGUUGCCGAGAAUCAGUCCCUCAGAUCCGCCAUUGUUUGGAUCAGAUCUCGACACUACCGGCUCUGCAAACACUUAUCGUUCAAUGCUUUGUAA